AUGGCAGACUCACAAUCGGCCUCUGAAGUCGAGGCAUUGAUCCCGCAAUUCACACUCGACAGAGUCCUCAACCAAGAUCAAGCCGGCCGCCGCAUUGUCCUCUCUGGCAGCAUUGCCUCCAAGCCCGCGAUCCUGCUUGCAGAGCGCGCCGCAUUCCCUUCCGACCAUGACCACCUCUCACGUUUCUCCACCUCCCUCUCGCACAUCAAGAACCUCGGCGCAAAUGACAUAUACCACUGGUACCUAGCGUGCACUUCCACCUCUCCUAGUUCAGACCUCGCGGCCCAGCCGCCAGACCUGAAGCUGAACCUCAUAUACCCCUGCACCGACCAGCACGUGAAAAAGUACUCCCAGCAAGGCAUACGACUCGUAACCGAGACACCCCAGAUUUACGCCUCCCAUGUGCGGCCCUACAUGCAAGCAAAGCGCGAUGAAGGCCGCCUCAACUGGGUCUUCAACAUCCUCGAAGGCCGCACCGAGCAGGAAGACGUCUUCUACCGGGAGCACGGGCCCGAGGGUUUCCUGAUCCUGCCGGAUUUGAACUGGGACCGCAAGACGCUGAGCUCGCUGCAUUUGCUUGGGCUAGUCGAGCGACGGGAUUUGUGGAGUGUGCGAGACCUGAGGAAGAAGGAUGUCACGUGGCUGAAGCAUGUGAGAGGCAAGCUGCUGGACGCCACGGUUAAGCUGUAUCCGCAGCUCGAGAGGGACCAGUUGAAGCUGUAUGUGCAUUAUCAGCCUACGUACUACCACUUUCAUGUGCAUGUUGUGCAUGUGGCGCUUGAGACGGGGGCGACGCAGGCAACGGGGAAGGCAUUGGGGUUGGAGAAUAUCAUCGGACAGCUUGAGAUGAUGGCGGAAGGGGAGAAGGGGGAAGAGGCGGGCAUGGCGGACGUUAGUCUCACGUAUCAGCUCGGUGAAGCGAGCGAGCUGUGGACGGAGGUUUUCCUGCCGCUCAAAGAGGGACGGGAUGCCCGGAUACAGCCAUGA